CACAGGGGCUACCUCUAAUAAACAUUUCGACUUCCUUUCUUAAAUUUUCAGUUCAGAAGCCGCGGUGCACUGAUUAAGUUGUUUGAAAACGUAUUUUCGCAGUAGGUACAAUGAACUGUGGUCUUCUAACUUCAAAAAAGGAGCCAGUGCCUCUGAAGAGCAUAUCAGUGGAAGUCUCUGUUAAUGGAUUUAUCGCAGAUGUUUCAUCUACUUUCACCUAUGAAAACACCGAGUCCAAUCCCGUGGAGGCUGUGUUUGUCUUCCCUAUGGAAGAUGGAUCUUCAGUCUAUGACUUUCAUGCUGAGAUUGGCGGUAAUCUCAUUGAAGCCACAAUUAAAGAGAAACAAGAAGCAAUAUAUGACUAUGAUGAUGCCAUAAGCAGUGGACAGGAAGCCUUCCUCCUGGAAGAGAGUGACGAGAGCCCAGAUGUGUUCCGUCUCAGUGUUGGCAGCCUACCUGCAGGUCAGACAGCUUCAGUUUCGCUGUCCUAUGUGACAGAGCUGCCUGUCCAGGCUGAUGACGCUCUUCGAUUCUUCCUGCCUACUGUGCUCUGUCCACGAUACACCCCACAAGGUACUACUUCUCUAACAAGUGAAGUGCCCUUUGUUCCCUGUGACUCGGUUCCCUACUCCCUGUCUCUCAACUGCCAUUUGUCCUCACUCAAUGGGAUUGCAUCUGUGAAAUCCAACUCCUCACUGAGCCCCCUGGAAUAUCUGAGUGAUGACAAGACAGAAGCUAAGGUGUCAUUGUCCCCAGGAUUCCAAUUUGAUCGUGAUGUUGAGCUUUUGAUAUAUUAUAGCCAAGCACAUCAGCCGACUGCUGUGGUGGAAGCUGGUGUCUCAACAGCAGCUGAAGGUUCCUUAAUGGGAGUCCCACUUGUGAUGGUUAGCUUGUAUCCAGAAUUCUCUCGUUCCACAGAAGAAUCACUCACCAAAAAUGGCGAGUUCAUCUUUUUGAUGGAUUGUUCAGGCAGCAUGAAAGAAACAAUGGAAUGGGAAUCCAACUCCGCCAGGCGCAUUGAGAGUGCACGCGACACUCUACUGCUUCUUCUUAAAAGUCUUCCUUUUGGCUGUUACUUUAAUAUUUGUCUGUUUGGGUCACAUUUUAAGUUUUUCUUUCCCAAAAGUGUUGAGUAUACACAGCAGACAAUGGAGUCUGCCAUGAAGAAAGUAAAGGACAUGGAUGCUAACUUAGGAGGAACAGAAAUCUUAAGCCCACUUUGUGAGAUUUUUCGGGAGCCCUGCAAACCUGGGUACCCCAGACAGUUGUUUGUAUUCACUGAUGGUGAAGUUGGAAACAUAAAGGAAGUCAUCGAAAAAGUAAAAAAAAACUCUGCCAAACACAGGUGUUUUACAUUUGGAAUUGGAGAUGGCGCAUCUACAGCUUUGAUUAAAGGCAUGGCCAAAGCAGGAAAUGGUCAUUUCCAAUUUGUGUGUGGAAAAGAUAGAAUGCAAGCAAAAGUGAUGCAGACUCUGAGUUUCGCCUUGCAGCCAGCAGUCACCAAUGUUGCGUUAAACUGGCAUGUUCCAGAUGGAAUGGAGGUAGUUCCUGUGUCAGAAACACCAAUGAUGCUGUUCAGUGGUCAACAGUUGAUCUUGUACUCACAGCUGAAAGGCAAGGUUGAUGAGACUGCAGUUGGUCAUGUGUCUCUGCAGUAUAGUCUGUGUGACAUGGAACAUAAAACAGAAAUGCAUUUUGCACUUAAUUGUGCCAAGCAUAGCAGACUAACAGCUCACCGUUUAGCUGCUAAAUCACUGAUUAACCAAAUGGAAGAGAAAAAGGAAGAGCAAUUACUUACAGGUGGUGGGAUUGAAAACCUGAAGAAAAACAUUGUAGAGAUGAGCUCAGAGGCCAGAGUCCUCUCCCCUUACACAGCUUUUAUUGCUAUCAACAAAGAAAGCAGGGAGGCUAUUCAGGCACCCCUGAUCAGGAGAGACAUUCCUUGUGGGGACUAUAUGAAUGAGGUUUCGUUGUUCAACUCAGGGGACUAUAUGAAUGAGGUUUCGUUGUUCAACUCAGGGGACUAUAUGAAUGAGGUUUCGUCGUUCGACUCAGGGGACUAUAUGAAUGAGGUUUCGUUGUUCAACUCAGGGGACUAUAUGAAUGAGGUUUCGUCGUUCGACUCAGAGGAAUACUAUAUGAAUGAGCUUUUGUUGUUCAACUCAGCAAUGCCUUGUGAUAGUUCUCUGAAAGCCUCCCUUCCAAAAAAGAAGGGUUCUUCAUUAAUAUCUAAAAUUUUCAUGAAAUGUUUAUCACCUGCUUCUAACUCAAUGAGUGAACUUCCAGUUCCAGUGGAGGAAGAGAAACAAAAAGAUCCCAUGUUGAAGCUGAUAUCUUUCCAAAAAGCAAAUGGAUCUUGGGAAUUGCAGCAAGAAUUAAUAAAUUUGUUUAACAAGGCAGAACAAGAAGUUCUACAGAAAAAGCCAAAAGAGAUAAGUGACAAGUCAGUUUGGGCCACAUUUUUGGCACUACUGUGGCUCCAUGGCUUCAACUCUCAUAUGAAGGAUGAGUGGAAGUUUGUGGCACUAAAAGCAGUCUCUUGGAUAAAAGCACAACCAGGCUUAAAUCUAAGUAUCUGCCUACAAGCUGGGAAUGAUUUGCUGGGAUGUCAGCUGGAUCUGAAGACGCUUGAACUCUAACCACAAAACUGGCCACAAGUUUUACAAUAGCCAGCAACUGAGGCAUUUUAGCUACUUUGUGUGAAUUCUUUUAGCAUAUACGGUUUUGAAAAUUUGUUUUGCCGUAAGCUUUUAAAGUUUCACAUAGCUUUGCUUUGAUAUCAAGUUUUUAAAAAAUGUUUUCUUUGACAAAUAAUGUAUAUAAAGUUUCACUUCUGCAGUAUAAAUAAUGGAGAAUUUCAAAGGAUAACUUAAAAAAUUUUCAAGUUGAAGUUGUUUUUUGACAAUCGUAGUAUACAUUAGUUUGCCACAUAAAAGUGUGUUCUAAAGUGACAAAUUUUCUAUAAAUUUUAAAACUACCUAGCCCGUUCUUGUGUUUAAAAUUGAAAUGAAUAGGGCCGGGGUCCAAAUAUGAAAGCGCGAAAGUCUUAAAACCUGAAGAAUAUGUUCAUUUUGAAGCAGAAAGGGUUUUGAUUUAAGAAAACGUGCCUUUCACAUUUCUGAGGCAUGCUUGUGACAACUAAAGUAAAGUGGAACUAAUACAUUUGAUCACAGAUUCUUUGCACUAUUUUCUUUAGGUAAGGAUACGUUUCCUGUUUGCUUGCCUGCUCACAGAAGACAUUAUGGGUAGAGUAUUGACAUUUCCACAAAUUUACCCCAAAAAAACAAAAGAGGUGUCUUUUAGGAUAUUAUCUGCUUAAAUUUCAAUGAAAACUGGGAAAAUGGGGAUGUUGUACAACCUGUGACCAGUAAUGUGUAUUGGCUUCAGCUUGACUGAGAGAUUUAGGCUGGAUGAUUUAACAAUUGACCUAUAGUAAGGGAGAUAAUAUAAUCCAAAAUAAUCAACUGCAUUUAUGUGAAACUUGCAUGUUGUUUUUUUAGCUCCAAAAGAUUUCUCUGUUAUAAUUAAGGCUGAGUUUGAGAAUUAGCAGUUAUUCAUAAUGUGCGGUAGCCAUGUUAAGUCUUCUUUUUUUAUUCCUGUUCUAUGAAAUGCCAGCUUAAUCUAUCUGCAAUCAAGUUUAAUGAGAACAGGGAUUACUUUAUUUGCUUAAGAAUCAGAGACAUACAGUAAGGGAAUAAUUAUGUUAUGGUCUUGUAAUUUACCUGAGAACUUGUCAUGGCACUUUGCAGCUGCCCUCAGUGAAGAGCGCUAUACAAAAAAUAAACUAAGCUAAACUGAAUUGAAUUGCUGAGUGUCUUUACAAUCACUUCAAGAGUGAAAGGCCGUCUUUUUCUUUUCUAAUGAUUCUGUGAAUAAGUAACCCCUUCUUUGACUGGAAGAAAUGAUGAAGCUAUCAAAAAAUGUUCUUCAUGCCACUUCUGUAGCUCACUCCAGUCAAUCCAACCACCUAAAUUUAAGUAUGGUUCACAACUCACCAUUUUAUCUAUGAUUCUGAUAAGGUUUGUUUUUGGCACAAUGCAAGACUGAAGGAUACUGAAAUCUUUAAUUUUUUUUGUUACUUUUGUACAAGAGAAUGGAAAGCAUCUUUAGGGAACAGACAAGAACGUGGUUAGAGGACAAAUAUGUCUUCUGAGCAGAUGAGAUUUGAAGCAACCAGGAGAAGAAUAUGAAAACAGAAACAGGUCAAAAUUGGGACAUCAAAGAAAACUGUGCAUUAAGGCCAAAAAUGAAGAGCAAAAUUCUAAGCCAGGGACAACAGCGAAAGCUUUAUACACAAAUAGAAUGAUUUUAGUAAAGCAAUGAAAUUAUAGCAAUUGUGAACAAAUUCGACCUUGAGAUUUUCAUGAAUCUCCACGUUUCAUGCACUCCUGAACACAUUUUGACCAUUUUUGCAGUUAUGUCUGUUUGUUUGUGUCUGUCUGUCUGUAUUUACGGAAACACCAUAACUUGAGAACGCUUUCAGCCAGAUAAUUGAAAUAUGGAAUAUGUUUAUUAUAUCAAAAUGUUAGUUUUCUAUCAACUUUUGGGCAACAUAUGUCAACUAGAAGUGGUACU